AUCCUAGUGUGUAAACGUUCCUGUUUGAACAGCCGUCCGACGCGAUAAAGCACGGAAGUUUCUAUCAAGUUCCUUUAAUGAUGGGAGUUACGGAAGUCUAAUUUAGCGGUAUAGCUGCUUUGUAUGAAAAUGCCACAUUAGAAAGUACUUCUGUGUACCCUGAGUUGAACGAUAAUUGGAAUACUCUCGCUCCGAUCAUAUUUAUGUACUAUCGUAAUACAUCGCGAGCGAAUUACAUCAGUAGGGAAUUACGAUAAUUCUAUUUCAACGAUCAGCCACUUAGCUCGGCUAGCUACAGAAAGCUCGGUGAUGUGCAUAUAUGGUGACGCUAUAAUUAAAUUUCCUAUGUACCGAGUAAUCAAGUUAUUCGAUAUGUAUUCGAAAUUCCCGGUAUACUUUUAUAAACUUGCUUUCCAAGGACGAUAUAGCUUUUAUAUGUUGAACGCCCAUAUACCAUUUGGUGUAUGUCAUCAUGACGAUCUGCAGUAUCUUUUCUUCAUAAAGAGCCGCUUCCUAUACUUCAACAGCGACGCACCAGAAAUCCCUAUGGUGGAAAUUUCUACCAGCAUAUGGUCGAAUUUUGUUAUGAAUGGCGAACCGAUCCGUAAGCACGAUGGUCAAAUCAGGAAUGUAUUAUAAGGUGAGGUAGAUUGGUAUCUGAGCAUGGCAAUUUCCUGGAGCUGAAUCUUCAUCCAUCGAUCAAAAUUGAGUUCUUUCCUGAGAAUGGGAAAGAUUGUUCCCUGCACUCUAGGUCUCAAAUGCGAUGAAACAUUAAACAAAAUAAAUAAGAACCUAUUUUUGUGAUUGCUAAUUCUAUAUUAUAUUAUAUUUUCAAUAGAAUAUUACGCGUGUGCAACAUCAAUGGUUAUUAUUUUUCUAAAUCAAAUUAGAAUGUGUAAAUGAAAUAUGAGGAACGUAUUACUAUUUCUCGAUUAUCACUUUGCGGGAUAAUUAAAUACAAAUCAUUCAUACAAAAAGUUUAACGAAUUAGAAGUCUUUUAAUUACAGAAAAUUUGCAGCUUUUAAAAUAGAUUACAUAGAUUUUUUACAUAGAUUAACAAGAUAUGUUUAUGUGAACUUUUAUAUUUUUGGAUCUGUUGAUUGGAGUUUCACCAUGGUUUCGCUGAGUUCCCAAAACUUUUUACCUUGAGAUGGAUUCUUUAUUCCGUGAGGAAGUUCGGUUUCCUAAAAUUAAUGAUAUGUAGCAGUAAACAAUAUCAUCGUUAUUUAAGAAAUGCUAUUUGUAAACAAAAAAUUGUGGCAAGUUUUGCUUA